AUGUUGGAAUUCCUACCUGCGCCUCAGUUAGCCGUCAUCCUUUGUUUUCCAGAAAGAGAUGGAGCAAAACCACUGGAAAAGGAGUAUGAGUCAUUGAAAGCAUCCGGAUUCUGUGCACCUGACAACGUGUUCUUCAUGAAGCAAAAAAUUGGAAAUGCAUGUGGCACAUUUGCUCUGUUCCAUGCCCUCGCAAAUCUCGAAGGAGUAGUAGAUCUAGGAAAUGGAUCCUUCUCUAACUGGCUGAAGAAGGCAAAACUACAUUCUGCUGAGGAGAGAUCUGAUCUGCUCUUACAAAAUCAGGAGCUAUCAACUGCUCAUGAGGAGACGGCAAGAGAAGGAGAAACUGACGAGCCAAGCAAUGUGGAACACCACUUCAUCUGUUAUGUGAACAAAGGUGGUGUUCUUUACGAAAUAGAGAAACAUUGUUAG